CUUCAAUUGGAUAUUAUGAGGCUACGAAACAAAAAAAUGAUGUUAUUGUAUUCGCGGCAAUUGCUGGAGCCGUUGUCGCAUUACAAGUGUUACCACCAAAGCUUAACCCUAUUAUUAGAUCUAUAAUGAAUUCAAUUAAGUCAGAGGAAAACAUAGAAUUACAACAACGUUCGGCUGCUACAUUGGCUAGCCUUGUUGACCUUUGUUCGUUAGAGGAUAGCUCAGUCAGAGUAAACCCUAAUGAUAAGAUUGUGAAAAAUUUAUGUACCUUUCUUUGUUCUGAUUCGACUACCACUCCCGAGCUACAAUCUAAUCGUAUGAAAGAAGGUAUACUUUCAUUGCAAAAGGCUAAAGAACCUGAUAAGUCUUCGUUCAAUGGCGAUUCCCUUAAUGAUGAAGAGAAAGUAAAAUCGCAAAAACUAAUAAGGCGUGGUGCAGAAACUGCUUUAAGGCAAUUUGCUACACAAUUUGGGCCCCGGUUAUUUAAUGUUGUUCCAAAAUUGUGGGUGUGUAUGCAUUCUUCGUUGAACAUUGUAUUUGAUCAUGACGAAAAAGAGAAAAUAGAUUCGACCCUUAAAUCAAAUGCUAGUUUGGGACAAGAUGUUAUAGACACAUUACAGAUAUUGCAAUCUUUGGUGCCUGUGAUUCAUGAAUCCUUACAUCCAAAGGUCACGGAACUCCUCCCUCAUAUAAUAAAGGCCAUUCAAUGUCAAUACUUGGUAAUUCGAUCCAUGACCGCAAGAUGUUUCGCCACAAUUGCGAACGUUAUCACGGUCCCUUGCAUGCAAAUAAUCAUCGAUCAAGUUUUACCUUUACUCGGAGAUUCACAGAAUGUUAUACAUCGCCAAGGAGCCGCAGAAUUAAUAUACCACGUUGUACAAUCCAUGGAUGCAAAAAUUCUUCCAUAUGUUAUUUUCUUGAUAGUUCCCAUUUUGGGUCGUAUGAGUGACGUGGAUGAGCAUGUCCGCUUGGUUAGCACAAAUUGUUUUGCCAUGUUGAUCAAGCUGGUGCCAUUGGAGGCUGGAAUACCAGAUCCUCCUGGUUUGUCUGAAGAAUUGCUGAAGCAUCGGGAUGAUGAACGGAAAUUCCUUUCGCAACUUCUUGACAGUAAUAAGCUUGAUCAGUUCGAAAUUCCAGUGACUAUCAAAGCUGAGUUAAGAAAAUAUCAACAGGAGGGUGUUAAUUGGCUCGCAUUUCUUAACAAAUACCAAUUACAUGAUAUGGGUCUUGGCAAAACACUUCAAUCCAUUUGCAUUCUUGCCAGUGAUAAUCAUUUACGCGCUGUCAAAUACAAUGCGACAAAAUCACCUGAUAGUGUACAUUGUCCAUCUCUC